AUGGAUGAAACAACGUUCGUUUCCAUCGGCUUCUACGUACAGAGUUUGAGUAGUAUCAAUGAGAUACACAUGCAGUACACGCUGGACGUGUAUUUCCGCCAGUCCUGGAAUGACCCUCGAUUAAAGUUUAACGACACGGAUAAACCCAUCAACACGGGACCGAACUAUGCGAAUAAACUGUGGCUACCAGAUCCAUACUUCAUGAACAGCAAGGAAGAGACGUUUCACACAGUUACACUUCCGAAUGUGCUGCUCCGGAUCUUCCCCAAUGGCGACGUGUUUUACAGUCAGCGGUUAAGUCUAGUCGUGGCGUGUAACAUGAAGCUGGAGAAUUUCCCCAUGGAUAAACAAGUCUGUGACCUUAAGACUAUGAGCUUCGGCUACAACACGAAAGAUAUAACACUGAAGUGGUUAACUGAAGGAGCGUUGAGUGUAAACGAAGACAUUGAGCUCCCAGAAUUCAGUCUGAUGAGGACAGAGAAAGGAGACUGUACACAGGAAUAUGUCACCGGAACUUACAGCUGUUUGGUGGCCAAAUUCCAUAUCACGCGCAGGAUUGAAUAUUACCUCGUGCAAACAUACUUACCAACAAUCCUCAUUGUGGUCCUUUCUUGGGUUAACUUUUGGAUUGAUCCUCGCGCGACCCCUGCACGUGUCUCCUUGGGAUUACUGUGUGUGCUCACCAUGACAACCCAAAGUACCGGUGUCCAAGCCAAACUACCCAGAGUGUCCUACAUAAAGUCAAUGGAUAUCUGGUUAAAUGUCUGUUUGAUUUUUGUCUUCGGAGCGCUUUUGGAGUAUGCUUUAGUGAAUGUGCAAUCUCGGAAGCAAGACAAUAAUUCCAAGAAAAAAUACCAGACAGAAAAUGGCGAUGCUGUGAGCAAGCAUACUUCGCACAGCUACACAGUGACUGUGGACAUUGGGGAAGUCCCUAAGGAAACAUGUUGCUCUAAACUCUGGCUCAGCGCUGACCGAGUCGACCUCGUAUCACGAAUUGCUUUUCCCGCGGCUUUUGCCGUGUUUAAUCUGGCUUACUGGAUAGGAUACAACCAUCGACCGCUGUAG